CAGAACGUUACACUGUACGUUUAGAUAUUAUUUGAUACAACAAUUUCAAAAUGGUUCUUAAUGGAAAAUAUACCGUGGUUGGAGAAGAAAAUUUUGCCAACUAUCUCAGCGCUAUGGGUUUUCCGUACAAUUAUGUGAAAUACUCAAUUGAUAUUAAACAAGACUCCGAUAAAGUUACGGUAAUAAAGUCUUAUGAAGGAAAAUCGAAAGCAGUCGUUAUUCCUUUGGGAGUAGAAUACGAAGAGACUAAUGCAUUAGGAGUAGUAGUUAAGUGUAUGGCCAGAUUCGAUGGAGAUAUUCUUAUAGUCCAAGCUGGCGAUGUUACAAAAACAUACACUUUUACCCCUACUGAUGGAAAUAUUGUUUAUAAAUCGCCCAUAUCAUCCGGAAAACUUAUUUUUAAGAGCGACCAAUAAAGUUUUGUUGAAUUUUUGUUUAUUUUUGUUUUAAAUGAUGAAUAAAAAUUUAGAAUAUACA